CGAUGCGGCUGGAACUUGCGUGAGAAUCCGUUUCCGAUUGAUCUGCGACCAUAGAUUAAGAUAAACGAUCCAAGAGGGCGGGAAAGUGCGAAGAGUGUUCUUAUCAGCGCGCGGAUUGCUUUGGUUCGGUCGGUGUGUUUUGGAGAAGAAGAAGAAGAAGAAGAAGAAGAAGAAGAAGACAAUCCCGAAGUAAGCGUUGUCUUUGACAUAAAACAAAAUAAGGAAAUCCAAUUGCAGUCAGCAACAAGUAUUAACAGCUUAAACUUACAACUCAGUGCAAAUAUAACCUAAGAUAUUCACGAAGCGGUCUCACAAUGGAAACGCACGUGGAAGAUAAAUUUAUGGCUCUGAACGUUGAAACACUCCAAAAGCGUCAAUCGAUGCGCCCGGCCCACCUGACCGUCACGAAGCAAAGCUCUUGCCACGUCUUUUGUCACCGGUUCUUCAUUUGCGUUCUCCUCAUCGCUGUAGUCCUGCUAUCGUCGAUCAUCUACGCCAUCUACAGCUAUGCAUCCACCGUACCGGAUGUCUGUCACAGCAAGGAAUGUCUCCGCUCGGCGGCAGCCUUCAAGCAGAACAUGGACCUCACAGUAGAUCCGUGCGACGAUUUCUACUCGUACGUCUGCGGAAACUGGGGCGAUGAUCAUCCACGUCCGGAAGGGCACGGAGCCUACAGCUGGUACCAUGAACGCCAAACCAAAAUCUACCGGGUCAUUCGAGCCCAGCUGGAGACCAACAGCAGCCGAUCGGAUCCGAAACCGGUCGCCCAGGCCAAGUCCAUGUACAAGGCGUGCCUAAGCAAAGCAAACCGCGAGCGCUAUGGGUACACAGCUGUCCAAAAAUAUCUGAAGGAAUUUGGACUACCUACGACUCCAACGUUGCUGAACCGCACGAAGAUCUCCUAUCGAAGGUACAAAUUUGAUUGGAUCAGUUCGGUUGCAAAGAUCCAGAGGAAACUGGGGCUGAACAUAAUCGUAGGGUUCAGCAUAGAGCAAGAUCAUCGCGACAAAAACAGAAACCUAAUGACCCUGGGGUACCACUACAGACCGGACGAGUUGAGAUUUCCAAACUACGAAUGGUCCAAGCUGAAACCGAAAGCACUUACUCGAAGACUUGCUGUUCGUUCAACGGAAGAGUAUACCGACGAGUCAGACGAAGAAAGCGAGGAAGACGACGAAGAAAUUGAUUCGAAAUCAUUUGCGAGAAUUAUCGAGUUGAUCAACCCUGGCAUCGAUACCAGCGAGAUAGAAGACAAAAUCUCCGUUCUAGCAGAACGAUUCGCAGCAUUCGAUGAUUCUCUUCCCAAGCCACUGGAUUCGGAAGAUGACGAAGAACCGCAGUACUACACUGUCAAAGAACUGCAAAAUUUAACUGACGCACACAUCAAACCGAAAAAAUCAUACCCUGUUUGGCAGCGUUAUCUGGAUAUCCUGUUUGCCAAUCUUCCGGAUACCAAACCUUCCGCCGAAGAACAGCUUCAGCUCUACCCUGAGAACGUAGAAUUCCUCGGGAAACUGAUCGACGUAAUCUCCGAGCAACCGCCGGCCUUGAUUGAGCUGUACAUUUGGGGUACCGUUGCUUCGUUUCUAGUGGAACACGAGUUCAACAAGGCCGUACUGGAAGAAGAAUGCGCACAGAUCGUACACAAGCUGAUGGGACUGGCCGUUAGCUAUGCGAUUGCAGAUCAGGACUUCCUCGAGAAGACAAAGCCCCGCAUCGAACAGAUGUUGAACGACAUACGAAUGGAGUUCGACAGUAUGAUACUGGAAACGGACUGGAUGGAUGCCUACACCAAGUAUGCAUCGUUGGAGAAGUCCAAGGCCAUGAAGUCGUUGAUUGGUUUCCCGGAGUGGAUCCUCGAUGUCAAGAAACUGGAGGAGCACUAUCGAGGAUUGCAGAUCAGCCCAACUCACCAUCUGGAGAACUGGGUCAAUGCUCUGCAGUUUCUGAAUACGGAAUGGCUGCGCUCGUGGCGGGUGAAAAACAAUGAAGUUUGGGACAUGGACCCAACGGAAGUCAAUGCAUUCAACACCUUUGAACGGAAUGCGAUCAAUAUUCCAGUGGCCAUCAUCCAGUAUCCAUUCUAUUACCUUGGAUUGGAUGCCCUCAACUACGGAGCGCUCGGAGAAACCCUUGGACACGAGCUUACCCAUGGAUUCGAUAACUCCGGUCGCAACUACGAUCAGUACGGCAACGAGAAAUGCUGGUGGUCAAACCAUACGCUUCAGGAGUACGAUGAUCGGGCCCAGUGCCUGGUGGAUCAGUACAGUUCGUACUACGUUCCGGAAGCGAAGGCGAAUAUCAACGGAACGCUAACCCUCGGAGAGAACAUCGCCGACAAUGGAGGACUUCGGGAGGCAUUGCGUGCCUAUCGAGCAUACGUAAAGCGAAACGGUCCGGAAGCAGAUCUACCAGGAUUCGAAGAUUUCACCCACGAACAGCUGCUGUUCAUCUCGUUUGGGAACCAAUACUGCGAAACGGUGAGUCCAUCGGUUGCCGUGCAUCUACUAAAAGACGAACACAGUCCGUCCAAGUUUCGAGUGCAGGGAGUGUUGAGCAACAUGCCGGAAUUCAGCGAAGCAUUUCAGUGUCCAUCCGGCAGUAGAAUGAACCCGAAGGACAAGUGUCGUGUGUGGUGAGGAAAUUUAUGA